AUGGAGUCAAUUUUUAUGCCUGAAAAGGUUCUCUCUAGGUCCCUAGACUUUAGGACCGAGGACCAACAAUUAUGGUGGCAUGAUAUAGCCCCUCUAACCAACCGUUUGCUCGACUUGGUGGGGUACUCUACGCACGAUCAGUACGAACAUCUUUGUUAUAUAUACCGAUUUGUCCUCCCCGCCCUGGGCCUAUACCCUCGCCCGGGACUAAGCCAAAUCACUACUGCAGUCCCCGGUGGUCGCUCAUUUGAACUGAGUGUCAACUAUCAAAAUGGAAAAUCAACACUGCGAUAUGACUUUGAGCCCAGCAGCUCACUGGCAGGCACUUCUCGCGAUCCCUACAACCAGCUAAUGACCGCUGAAUUGAUGUCAAAGCUGGAGUUGGGAGGCGCUACUAUCGAUUUGUUUUGGUAUCAUCAUUUCAUCAAUACGUUGGGUCUCACGAGUCGGGAUAAGGCUGCCCUAAAAGACCUGAAGACUGGACACGCCACCACCCAAUAUAUGGUUGCGUGGGAUCUUAAGCAGGCGUCCAAUAACAUGCUGAAAAUGUAUUUAUUUCCCAUGCUCAAAGCAUGCGCUACCGGUGUCCCUGCGGGUCGACUCGUCAUGGAUGCAGUGGCAACUGGUAGUCCUCAGAUAAAGGACUCGCCUGCGUUUUCAAUGCUUGAGGAAUAUCUGACGGAGCGGAGCCUGAUGGAAAAUGUUUGUAUCCUCAGCUGGGACUGCGACGAUGUGGCAUCUUCCCGUCUCAAACUCUACAUCGCCGACCCUGAGGUGACCCUCGAGCGUAUCGUCGACAUGUGGACAUUGGGCGGUCGACUGAGCUCUAGUAAGUGCAAUCAGCAAGGCCUGGCGCAUUUGAAACGAUUCUGGAGCCGCCUCAACAUUCCCGAGGGAUCACGUUCAACCUAUGAACUUGGCCAACCCGAGCAAAGCGAUGGAAGGAGCGGAUUGACCUUCAACUGGGAGUUCAAAGCAGGCUCGUCUGAGCCAGAUCCGAAAUUGUAUGUUCCCUGCAUGGGAGAGAAUGAUGGCGAGCUUGCCCGGGGCCUGUCAACAUACUUCAACGAUCUAGGCUGGUCCGACCUUGCUGGCUCUUAUGAGACCAAGAUUUCUUCGGCUUUGUGA